GCUUGGGCCAACGCUUGGCAAAGAUUCACAGCUUUGGCUCCGCGAGAUGUCAGCCGUUACCUUUCCCAUCGUUAGAUUGAUUGAGGCUUUGAGCUUGUUUCUGGUGAGAUAUGAGCUUCAUACAUGCUUCAAGGCUUGUCACAAACCGCAGUACCUGCUUAUGCAGCUCAUAUGCUGAGAUAUCGAGAUUCUUCCGGACACGCCAUCACGGGAUCACCCCAAGCCGUGCAGCAUCAUGUUCCCGCAAUGCAACACGAUGCUUUUCGAGCUCCACGCCCUUUUACGAUAAAAUUGAGCCGGAUGAGACCCUACGAAAAACCCUCGAUGACUUCAAAGCCACUAUCCGUUCUAGUGCUUGGCAGCAACUCGACAAAGCAUGGAAUGCCGAGAAGAUAUCGACUGAUACAGCUGGAAAAGAGAUAGAACUGUUUGGCUAUAUCAGUACGCGAAGAGACGUUAACAAGAAGCUCUCGUUCACUAUGCUCCGCAAUAAGAACCAAUCACGGUGUAUUCAACUCGUAUCCACAUCAAACGCGGAAGGCGAAGAAGCAGACGCUCAUGUUCGCAUGAGAUCGCUUAGGGAGUGGACGCCUGUUGUGGUGCGAGGAAGACUCGUGAAUCGUCAACCGGCGAAAGAUGAUACCUAUCUGGGCAUGAAUCUGAUCAACACACGGGAGAUCGCAGUGCAGCACGUUGAACCGCUCAAUUAUAUACCAAACGAUAUCAUCAUCAAGCAAGACACUGUCUUUGGCCCUGACCAGCGGCAUCUGCAGCUACGGACCGACCAAGAAUUGCGCUCAAAUAUCAUCUUGAGAUCGAAGGCAAUCAAUAGGGCGAGGUUACAUCUGACCGAGCUGGACUGGAAAGAGAUUGAAACUCCCAUUCUUUUCAAAUCUACGCCCGAAGGCGCGCGCGAGUUCCUUGUACCAACACGACAGAAGGGGUUGGCGUACGCACUGCCGCAGAGUCCCCAGCAAUACAAACAGAUCCUCAUGGCUUCUGGUUUUACGAGAUACUUUCAAUUUGCACGAUGUUUUCGUGAUGAGGAUUUGAGGGCUGAUAGACAGCCAGAGUUCACUCAGCUUGAUAUGGAGAUGUCUUUCGCUGGCGAAGAAGACGUCAUGGCCGAGAUUGAGAAGCUAUUGAGAAAUCUUUGGUACAAAAUACUCAAACAGAAGGUCCCGACCACAUUCCCACGAAUGACUUAUCACGAAGCAAUGUCUUCGUAUGGAGUAGACAAACCUGACCUACGAUACAAGGCGAAGAUACACUCCAUCACUCAACACCUGCCAGCAGAUCUUAUCAGCAAGAUCACACCCCUCCAAACCCCAGCUAUUGAAGCGCUCAAAUUAGCAAUCUCCUCGGAUCCUAAGACGACCCGUAAAUUCAUCUCCGACUUCCUCGACAGUCCAGACGGGAAACCCUACCUAGACAACCGCGACGGUCAACCCGGCGUCUUCGUGGGCGACCUCUCCCAGCCCAUGCAAGGCCUUGGACCUCUCGGGUAUCAAUACGUAAUGGAAGGCCCAGAAGCUCUUGCCGUCGAACAUGGCGACCUCUUGAUUCUGCAAGCGCGCCCGGACGGCCCAUUCUCAGGCGGGUCUACCACCCUCGGAAACCUACGUCUCGCCUUGUACAAAACAGCCAUAGCCCAAGGCUUGAUCGAGCCCCCGGCGAGGCACGACUACCAAUUUGUUUGGAUCAUAGACUUCCCGUUGUUUAGCCCUAACAAUGAUACUGAUCCUGGUCAAGGCGGUGCGGCAGGCUUCUCAUCAACCCAUCACCCCUUCACCGCCCCUAAAACACCUCAGGACGUCGAGUUACUUCUCACCUCGCCCUCUUCCGCCACAGCAGCACACUACGAUAUCGUCGUCAAUGGGAUCGAACUUGGUGGCGGUAGUCGCCGGAUUCACAACGCCGCUAUGCAGGAAUUUAUCUUUAGAGACAUACUUAAAAUGAAGCCGGAGCGCAUUGAGGACUUCAGACAUCUAUUGGAUGUGCUAAGAUCAGGGUGUCCACCACAUGCGGGCAUUGCAUUAGGCUGGGAUCGACUGAUGACGAUCAUGUGUGGGAGGGAGAGUGUGAGGGAUGUUAUUGCGUUUCCGAAGAGUGGGAAGGGGGAGGACCUGCUCGUUAAGAGUCCGAAUGCGAUGACUGGGGAGCAGUUAGAUACUUACCAUUUGGGGUUGAAGGACUAAAUUGGGUGAUGCUUAUGGGUAUAGGUGAUACGAGACACGUAAAUAUUUCCUUGCAUUUGUAGUCGCAUUGUAGACUGCUUGAUCGGCGUACUAUGUAUCAUAGUUGUAAGAUAUAUGUAAAAUAGAAGCAUAAGCGGGCACAAUAGAAUCUGAGUAAUGUAUUGUAGCUCGGCUUUCGUUUGUUCGCCUUCCCA